CUUCGACUCUGCCCAUGGAACAUAAUGGACCAGCGACUUGGCCUCCAUGGCAUUGGCCAUGGAACAGCGGUGGGCGAGGCUUCUACGUGCGCCUUCGAGCUGUCGGCGCUCAGCCAACGAGGCGGCGGAAGCUGCACAUCGCCCGAGGCUUGUGAUGGCUCCGCGAACCAAGCGAGCGAAAGGUGGCGAUGCCCGGGUCUCACGGCAGAUGCCAUGGAUCUUCCGGAACGAAGUCGUGAACGUGCCUGAGCUCAUCCAGCACGGGAAGACCUCCUUGUUGGUGGAUGUGGAGAACAGUGAAGGCCGAGAAUUAGGUGUUGCCAUGUGCACCCUGGCACGAUCUGGUGGAAUCAAUAUCCUCGGCCGGAUGCUCACGGACAAUGUGGCCGUGCACAUCGACCGGAGUUUCUUGCAGGGUCGCCUACAACGGGCCUUGGAGCACCGACGGCGAUGCUUUGGCGAUGCGACGUCCUAUCGCCUCGUGAACGCAGAGGGCGAUCUUCUGCCUGGCGUGCUGUGCGAUCGCUACGGCGACACGUUGUGUCUCCAGUUUACCGCUUUGGCCGCGGAAGAGCUGCUUCGUGAGGAGCUUUUGGCUGCUUUGGAGGAUCUUCUGUCGCCCAAGGCAAUCAUUCUGCGCUACGAUGUCCGAGAGGAUCGGCAGCUGGAGCAAGCUCAUGUGCGACCUCCCGAACUGGCACGCGGUGCUUCGCCAGGACUUUUGGAAGUCGAGACAGCUUCAGGGUUUGUGUUUACUGCAGAUCCACUGGAAGAGGGCUGGACGUCCGGAGCGUUCUUUGCGGAGCGUUCUUUGCGGAAGCUCCUCGCAGAAGCCUUGAGAAGUUCUCCAGAAGGACAAUCUUCAGCCGUUGGGGAGCGCAAAGGCAAAGCAAAAGGCCAGCCGCCAGUUCCACAGGUGUUGAGCCUCUUCGGCGAGAGCUCGGGGAUUUUCGCUGCUUGGAAGGGGGCCAAAGUGACUUGCGCUCUUCACAAGGGCGAAGGAGAGAAAGUGGCUCGAGCUGCCCGAGAGCUUUUAGCACGGAGGAACGGAUGUGAAGAGCACGUCACCUACUUCAGCCUGGGCACUGAGCCCCGCCUAGAUGAGCUGGGGACGUGCAGAGGGACAUUCGAUGUGGUGCUUUUGGAACCCCCUGCCCUGGCUCCGAGCUAUGGCAAAUUGGAGGAAGGAGAGAGGCUGUAUACAGCUUGGAUCGCUUUGGCCGCUGCAGCUUGUGUCCCCAAAGGAAGCUACCUUUCACAUGGCGGAAGGGCUUCUCCUGGUGGCGUGCCGCAGCCGAACCAUGUCCGUCGUCAGGUUGAUGCGAUGUAUCAACAUGGGCGUGUGGUCCGCUGGCCUCCGAGCACGCGUGGUGCACCGCUCAGCACAUGCUGGGCUUGACAGCCCCAUCCACUUUGCUUUGCAAGACACCAACCAGUUUCAGUUGGUGGCUCUUCGACUUGCAGCCUUAUGACUCAUAUCAUAACUGUAAAUAGCACUGUAGUACAUAGUUACGAAGCUUUCGCGCAAGCAGGUUGUCAAAGACGUGUGAUUUGGCUUUGUGAAGGAGUGGCAUAGCAAUAUAAAGGUGCUGCCAAUGUGUCUCCCAUCAUUUUCUUGAGCAGAACCUUGGAGCGCUUGGAGGCUUUUUUGCUGUGUCGUGCUUGGCACGGCUCAACAUGUUUUGUGUUUCAUUUUUUGUUGACCAGAUGUUUCCCAAUCACGGCUUAAGACUCAUGAUUGCACAAUACCAGGCAUAUGUUUGCAACAUGACUGCUGUAGGAUCCUUAGGGUUUGUGUUGCGAGCUGUCCUACAAUUUCACCGAAUGAGAAGGGUGACAGUAGCGCAUGACAUCGCUGGGGCCAUGCGCCUGGUCUGCGCAUGUUUCGCCCGCAGCGCUGGGAGGGCAAGGACAAGGAAGACGGCGCAAAGCUCAUAGCAAAGAAGUGAGAAUGUGUCGUCCGUGUUACGCAGCAAAAAAGAACAGUUUGAGCCCACCUGGAGGAAGUUGCAAUUGAGACUGAAUAGGCUCGGAGGUCUAAGGGUGAAUAUCAACAUAGAUUCAUCGCAGGAGUUCUUUUAAUGAUGCCAAGCCGUCCGAGGUGCUACCCUCGGCCUUUUGAGAAGAAGAAGG